UAUUAGCUCUUCGUGGUGUUUGUGUCCUUUACUAUUUAUACGACAACCGACUUUCUACCAACUUCCUAACCUCUAUGACUUCUGAAUUCGCAAGUCCAUCGUUUUUGUCACUUCCUCAUGAAAUCGUCCUAAACUGUUUAGCCCGCAUAUCGAGAUCGUACUAUCCGAAACUCUCCCUAGUCUGCAAGACAUUUCGCACUCUCCUCAUAUCUAAAGAGCUCACCGUGGCGCGAGUGCACCUUAAAACCCACGAAACCUUUUUUCAUGUCUGCUUACAGUUACCUGAUAGACCUAAUCCUUCAAUGUUCACCCUCUGGAUAAAACCUGGUCAAAUCUUAACCAACCAACUUGAGAAGAACGAGAGGUCUACCGGAGAUACUCGGUUGGUACAAAUACCUUCUUCAUAUUAUUCUAAAGUACCACCUUAUGUCAUUACUGUUGGUUCCGAAUCGUACGGACUCAGCCACUGCAAUGAUCCGUCCUCCAUCAUGUGGGUUCGUAAGAAGGGGACUUUUUGUUGGCGUAAAGCCCCAAACAUGACUGUAGCUCGAGCCAAAGCCCUUGCGUGCGUCCUCAGUGGGAAAAUAUAUGUCAUGGGAGGUUGCAGGGCUGAUGAACCCGUGAAUUGGUGUGAGGUUUUCGACAUAAAGUCUCAAACUUGGGAACCUUUACCUGACCCUGGCUCUGAGCUCCGUUUUUCUUCAAUUAGAAAAUUAGAGGUGUUCAAAGAAAAGCUUUACGUUAGAAGCAAUGAGGAGAAAGACUCUGUUUAUGAUCCAAAAGAAGGUAAAUCGGAUGUUUUAGAAAAACCACAUGUGAGAUGUACAAUAAUAGAGAAUGUUGUGUAUUGUUAUAAUAAACAGAGCUGCUGGUGGUAUGACACAAAUCGCAAAGAAUGUAGACUGGUCAGAGGUUUAGAUAUGUUGAACCUGAAUCUUGGUUGUGGAAUGAUUGAAAUAGCUAACUAUGGUGAGAAACUCUUAAUCUUAUGGGACAAGUUUGUUCAUCGUGGUACUUGUCAAGACAAAGAUAUUUGGUGUGCGGUGAUUGCGCUUGAAAAACGUGAUGGUAGUGAUGAAGUUUGGGGAAACAUUGAGUGGGCUGAUAUUGUGAUGACGGUUUCUAGCUCAUACGUUUUCGUGAAUAGUCUAGUAUAUGGUAGUUGAUCAAAUCUAAUCAUGUUUUUGAUUUGAUUCUCAAAGGCUUUUUUCUUCUUUAUUCUUUAGUGUAUUGUUGCUUUUAUACUUAAAACAAAUAUUGGCGCUCGGGCUUGAACUCCCAUAUAUUCAAAAAAUAAAAAAAUAUUGGAAACAUCACGAGAAACAUUGAGUGGGCUAAUAUUGUACUGACGGUUCCUAGCUCAUAUGUUUCCUGAAUAGUCUACUAAAUUUAACUGUGUUUUUGUUUUGACCAUUGCCAUUUGCCAAUGCCUUAUUUUUUGUUUGUAUUCUGUAGUGUAUUUUUGGUUAAAUUAAAUUGUUGGCAACAUCACAUCCAACUUCAAAAUAACCAAGUUUUAGAUCGACAUGUAUUCUAGUGGUAAAAAGAUUGUUUAUAGAGACAUUAGAGACGCGGGAUUUGUAUAUGAUGUGAAUCAGUAAGUCAGAUGUUUGAUAGCUUUCAUAUUCUAAUUUUUUGUCUUACUUUGGUCUGUUUCUUUAGUCACACAAAACCCACAUAAGUUUUUUUUGUUAAAAGUUAAUAUUGGAGAGAGACUCUAUGUACAAUGUUCAGAUAAACCCAUAAGUUCUUUAAACACUACCAAAGAUAAAUGCUAUUGUGUGAGUUUUGAGAUCUGAAGUUACAUAGAAAUGAUCAUAAAAUUGUCAAACAUACCCUUUUUUUU